UUUACUCACAUGAACUCCUCGUGUGCAGAGACAUGAACGCGCCAGGCUCGCCCCCGACAUAUUUCGUCAUGAUUCCUGAUUGGCUAACAGGAUUCCACCCAGGACGGAGCGUGCAGUGCGCAUGUGCAGGACUGGAAGGAGGGGGCGCGUGUUUGUAAAGUUUGGGGAAGUUUGAUGUGAAGACAAACUUUAAAGAAGUUCAGAGAAGGUAACUUAACUUCCUGCUGGAGGACUCUGCUACACACAGACAGGUGGAGAGACAGACAGGCACUCUGACCCACAGACCUGCAGACCCACUGACCCCAGACCCCAGACCCCCAGACCCGCAAACAGCUGAAGAAAGGGGGAGAGACACACAGAGGAGCUCCGACAUAAAGGAGCAGAGCCCGGAGGUUGCAGAGCUCCAAGGCCGGCCAAGGAGCACGACCGCCGGGAUGAAGAUCGAGUUCGCCCCGCUGCACAUCCCUAUGCGGAGGAGACUGCAGACCACAGCCACGCUGCAGUGGGUCUUCUCCUUCCUGGCUCUAGCUCAGUGCUGUCUGGCUGGCUUCAUUCUAUUGGCUCUCUCUGAUUGGUGGAUGCUGGCUCUCCUGUAUGCUGGUUGGCUGUGGUUGGACUGGGACACACCCACCAGCGGGGGUCGGAGGUCACAGUGGGUCAGGAGCUGGAGAGUCUGGGACCACUUCAGGGACUACUUCCCCAUCACGCUGGUGAAAACAGUCGACCUGGAUCCAAAGAAAAACUACAUCUUUGGAUUUCAUCCCCAUGGGGUUCUGGUAGCAGGAGGGUUUGGGAACUUCUGUACGGAGGCGACAGACUUCUCUCGUCUGUUUCCUGGUCUUCGGUCUCACCUGCUGAUGCUGCCGUUCUGGUUCAGAGUCCCUGUCUUCAGAGACUACAUCAUGUGUGGAGGCCUGGUGUCCAGCUGUAAGUCCAGUCUGUCGUACCUGGUCAGUCGACCUGAGGGCGGGAACGUGGCGGUCAUCGCAGUGGGCGGAGCUUCAGAGGCUCUGGACGCUCGACCUGGAGCUUUAAAACUACAGGUCCUGAACAGGAAGGGCUUCAUCAAACUGGCCCUCAAACACGGAGCUCAGCUGGUUCCUGUCUUCUCGUUCGGGGAGAACGAGCUCUUCGAUCAGAUGGAGAACCCGGCCGGUUCUCCUCUGAGGAGGCUGCAGAACCGGCUGCAAAGCAUCAUGGGAGUGGCGAUGCCUCUGUUUCACGCCCGGGGCGUUUUUCAGUACAGCUUUGGACUGAUGCCGUACAGGAAGCCGAUCCACACCGUCGUGGGGUCCCCCAUCCAGGUGGUCCAGACCCCCAGUCCCACGAGCGAGGACAUCGAGACCCUCCAUCAAGUUUACAUGCAGAGCCUGACGCUCCUGUUCGAGCAGCACAAAGAAUCCUACGGCGUCAGAGAGGACCAACACCUCACCUUUAUAUAACAACAACAUGUGUAUAUACACACUAUAUACACACCUCACCUUUAUAUAACAACAAUAUGUGUAUAUACACAAUAUAUACACACCUCACCUUUAU